UCAUCAAACUACUGUGAUCAUGAUUUCAAAAACAGUAUUACUGUUUGUCUUUGGAGCGACCGUAGCUUCAGCCCAAUUCAUGCCAAGACUGCUAAGGCCCACACCUUACGAUAUGUCCCUAAUGCCAUAUCUGCGCUCAAGUGGCUGUCCCUCCGGCCCUGCAUUAGCGCCCGUCAUCUGCCAAUUCAUGCUGCCAAACCUGGGACUCUUAAAACCACAACUAAUCAAGCCUUCAACAUACAUCCCACCGCUAGUCGUCGAGAAAUGCGACAAACCUGAAUUGGAAAUCAAAUUGCCAGCUCGUGAGCCUAUAGUGAUUCCAGAAGCGCCUAUACUGCCACCAAUCACUAUCCCGAAAUUCCCGGUACCUGUGAUCCUAGAGCCUGUCCCACCGAUGCCUAUUGUGGAGCCCUGUGAGCCUGCUGCGAUUUCGUCGGCUGUGAGCGUUCCUGUUGCGCCUGUGUGGCCGCCGCUAGCGAUGCCUGCUUUGCCUGAGAUUGUUGAGUAUCAUGGAGCUGAUAUAUCAGAGACGGUGGGGGAUGCGAUUGACGAUCAAGCUAUGCUGGUUCCUGAAGCUCCGGCGGUUGUACUUCCUGAGGCCAUUCCGGGGUCAAUUAUUAAGCCUUUAACCAUCCCGCCUGCCCCUGUGCUCCCCCCAGCACCUCUCCCAGAAAUUCCUGUCCGCGUAGAAAUCCCUGCACCGAUAGCGCCGUUAAUGGUCAUUGAAGAACCUUGCAUUACCGACGUAGUACCAGAACGUGUGCCAAUGCCGAUUGUUCCUAUGCCAUUACCAAAACCUCUGCCUAUGCCAAUUGUUCCUAUGCCACUACCAGAACCUGUGCCAAUGCCGAUCUUUCCUAUUCCUGAACCGACCAUAGUUGCUGAUCCUUGCGAGCCUGCACCAGUGGUGAAAUUGCCUGUACGUCCAGCAAUCCCGAUGCCUGCCUUCCCUGCACCAGCGACUGGGCCGAUCUUGUUCCCUGCUCGCAAUAUUUUCGUAAACAGAAAUGUUGUGCUUUCAUCAUUACCGUACAAUCCGUACAUGCGUCGCAUUUAAGAAAGGUCCCAGUUUGAGAUUAAUAAAUUGUAAAGUGAAAU